AUGACCGAGACUAAGACCACGAGCAGUUCGAACGUCUUGGACCUUGUUUCCACCGUUGCCGCGAACACAGUGAAGCGAAUGCACGACACUAGCUCAACUGCGCGUUAUGUGACACCGAACACAGUGAAGCGAAUGCACGACACUAGCUCAACUGCGCGUUAUGUGACACCGAAGAUUAGGCAAACACGGAAGACUAGGCAAACACGGAAGACUAGGCAAACAAGCACCAAGACCGAGACUAAGACCACGAGCAGUUCGCAUGUCACAUCCGACGUAAAUGAUCUUUCGACAACAGUCGCUGUGAACAUGAUCAAGAAUACGUUGCAAACCGGGGCGGGUAGAAGUACAGAGACUAUUCCAGAAUAUGGGGGUCCGUUUAAGACGCUGAUGACCAGACUUGAAUUGGACGGGCUCCGAAUCACAGGGCCCAAAUGCGAUGAGGCCUUUAAUUCGUCUGGUUAUGGAGAUGGUAGCUGGCCCUUAAUCGGGUCAGGUUUAGGGCGAUAUCCAUGUGAUGGCAGUAGUGGACAAUUGAUGUGUGGAGAACCCUCCGCUGGCACCUGCCAUCAUUUCGGUCCCUGGACGUAUGACGUGUUUGCGGUGAAGGACGCGAUUGAACAUUAUUUGCAAAGGCUGGGAGGCUGCGUUGUACGGUGCGACCGUGAUAGUAAAAUGGUGCGCGAUCUGUGGGAGGAGACCGCAAGGCGUCUUCCGUUUAUUCCCCGGUGCCCUGAUACGGGAUUCAUGCAUUUUGAUCGGGCCCCUUCAGUUCCUGAAGUAAAUGACUUCGAAGCGAUGAUGCGCCCGCGCUAUCCCGUCGUAAGGGAGUGCUCAGGAAAGUGUAUCGGCUGUAAGAAGGAUGCCCCGACUUGUUCCUGUGAUUUUGCAAAGGUCAAGUGUCGCUUUAGGGCGAAGGGAGAAACGGUUGAUCAAUCGAUUGAGUCAAUCGGCUACAAUACGACAGUGCUAGACGUAGCGAGACGGUUGUCAGCAUUCAACACAAAGGACAGAGUAGGUGACAGGUAUGACUGCGAAUAUGACUGCCGUAAGGUGAGCCCGGAUGUUGCUACCGUCAGUGACUUGCAAGUUGUGGAGACGGAGCCCGCGGGUGCGAGUGACCCCCUAAAGUUGAGAUUGGGUCGACGCGAGUUGAGCAAGGUUCAGUUGCCUUUGGAAGAGUGUGAGAACUAUUCUAAAGACCCCUGGCAAAAGUUGCAGGACAUUGGACGCUAUCCAUGCGACGGUGGAAGUGGACUGAUGAUGUGUAAAACAACGGUGGCUACGAGACAAAACUGCUGGUGGGACUUCGGUUGCGUUAAACAAGUCAAUUUUUCUUGUCAUCGUUUUGGUCCAGUGUCCAUGGACGUCUUUGCGGUCCACGAUGCUGCAAAACGCCAUCUUCACCGAAUCCAGGAUUGUUCUGUUAAGUGCCAUCGGGACGAGGAGACGACAAACUACUUGUUGUCAGAAGCCCGCCGCAAUUCACAGAAUGUUACUGUCCACCCUGUGGAUGGCCCUGGUUUCGGCGUCGCCCUAAACACACCCUAUUCUGCAGACCCAAGUUGUUCGACAACCUGCAAUCAAUCUGUGUGCCAAAUCCCCGACUGUGUCUGCCGAAUUGUACAUGCCCUCUGUCAAACCAAGAUUAACGACCAGCCCCAGUGGAUUAACUCAUUCCGAUUUAACGCCCGAACACGGGAAGUGUUUGGGAUGCUAUCUAUCCCCAAGGCUAACAGAAACCCCCGCUACCCAAAUGGCAAGGAUGAUCACACCCGUGUCUGCCAUACUGAUUGCUAUGGUCCUCUGUGGUCCGCUAAUGUGGAGUAA